GGCAAUUUGAUUUCAGUUAUGUGACAGCUUCUGUCAGCAGCUAAUGCUCAGAUACUUGUCGGUUCAAACCUCAUCAAGCCAAAGCGAAGCUGAAACAUUGGUACCAUACUGAGGGAGUGCUGCACAGUUGGAGGCGCCACCUUUUAGACAACACGGUUAAUGGAGCUCUCACAUACUGAAACAAAUGGAUGGAAACAUUCCAUGACAAUCAGUGAAGAAGGGCAGUGAAUUAUUAACCGGCGCUGGUUGAGCGACCAGUUGGGAAUCGGGCUGUGUGUGAGAGGGCUGUGGAAAAGUUGUGGGAACAGUUUUGUUUGGGACGUGGAAUGAGCGUGAAUUGCAGCGAGCGGGAGAUAAUAACAGAAAGGUUUUAUUUUUGUUUCCACUUUAAUGCUCAUCAUCCGACUCAGAGCCUGGCCUAACAAUCCCCUGGUGUUACCAGCCGCUGGGUGAGAAGCUGCAGUGAACUGAUUAUAAACCUCUUUCUCCAGGUGGAUACUACAUUGAUGACUUCAGUGUCUUCAUUUGGAAUAGAAGGAAGUGUUACAUAUUGGACAAAUGCUUUUGGCACCCAGUUACCAUGAAGGCUCAUAACUUACAGGCCACAGAAUGUCAGUUGAACAAUGCGUGUUACAAUUCACUGAAUGCCUGAUCUAUCAACCUGCUGACAGAGAAUGUACAGAAGCCACAAUAUGUGAUGGAAGGUUCAGGCAGUGAUGGACAUCUGCUGUCAUCAGUGGUCACAGCUAACAGUACUGCUAGUGAUAUUCCAAUCUGUAGAAUUUGCCAUGAACCGAGUGAUAAAGAGAACCUUCUCUCACCAUGCGAGUGUGCUGGGACUCUGGGGACAGUUCAUCGCAGUUGUCUGGAGCAAUGGCUUGCAGCUUCCUGUUCCAAUCACUGUGAAGUAUGUCACUUUGAAUUUGCUUUGGAGAGAAUGCCAAGGCCACUGACUGAGUGGCUAAAGGAUCCUGCACUACAACAAAAGAGGAGAAUGCUGUGUGGAGACAUUAUCUGUUUUCUUUUCAUUACGCCAUUGGCCAUUUUGUCUGGCUGGCUGUGUGUUCAAGGAACCGUUGACCAUUUUUACUUCAGUAGUAGCGUCGAAGCCGUUGGUCUGCUUAUCCUUUCAGCUGUUCUAAUUACAAUCUACCUACUUUGGACCACAGCUUCUUUUCGAUAUCACAUUCGACUGCUCAAAGAAUGGAGACGGACCAACCAGAAUGUGAAACUGCUCAUUCCAAAAUCACAAGUGUUACUUGGCAAAAAACCCAAUCUCCUAGCUCAAAACACGAGCAUAAUUGUUUCUAAAGAGACUAUUGUCUAACUUUCUAAAAGAAUUGCCUUAAAUGCUGAGAUGUACAAUGUUGGCAGGAGGGACCAAUGUUUUGAAUUGUUGUGGAAACUGAGAAGGAUGUAUGUUCUGGUAAUGCGUAGACGGGUGAGAAAUGUAAGCUGUUGACUGACUUUUCUAUGAACAAAGUUAAUCCUCAACCAACCAUUCCUUCAGUGGUAUUUGUACUGGGGAAUGUUUACUAUGAGCUUUCUAAAUAGCAGGAAAGUCGAGGGUGAAAGUUCUUUUUCCCCUGUUGUGUGAAUCCCUGUUUUCCACCUACCAAAAAUGGCCAUGUAGUUCUUUACAACUUUGAGAGUUCUUGUGUUACAUGAAAAAAAAGCUUGUGUGUGUGUGUUUUUGGGGAGAUGCAAGUUCCUCCUUGAGAAAAUUAAAAUUACAAGGAAGUAGCAGACCCACUGAGCUCCUCUUCAUUUAGAUAUGGAGGUGCUAAAACCCUGUGGCAUGGUAUUUACUCAAUGGCUUUUGUUGCAACUGACACCUUCCCUGGCUUAGGCUUCAGUGAUGAGCGUGCACUAUCAGCAAAUACAAUGCUCCAUUUGGAUCCUUACUAUCCAUCCACAAGUAUCCUCAAAAGCUUUGAUAUUUAUUAUGUCACACACUGGUACAGAAACGAAAAAACAACACGAUCCAAUAUACAGUAUAGUAUUCUCCUUCGAAAUGAAAACUUUGCUUGUCUGAAUAAACCACAAAACCCAGGGGAAGCCAAAUUUAAAGAAGAAAUUUCAAAAUAACACAUUUAUGAAUUAUCCAAGGAUUUGUUGACCCUAUUCAUCUUUCGCUUUAACCCCUGGUUUCAAAUUUAUUUUGGUGGUAAAAACAAGGAUUAUUUUGGGUUCUGCUGGCUGUUGAUCUAAGCAAUUAUUUGUUUUUAAAAAUAGUAAUGUGAUUCAUAUUGCUCAAUUUUGCCACUUCAGUCAGAUUCUGGACAGUGAACCUUUUUGUGAAUGAUUGCAAAGCCACGGUGGCUAAAGUGGACAUGUAACAGAAGUGACAAAGGAAUACCCAAUAGGCAUUAAAUAAUUGCAUUGUAUUGCUGUUAAAAUAAAUAUUGACAGUGGUUUAAGAAUAAAAGUGGUAUGGAAGUGGAUUCUUGUACAAGUGAAUGUUAACUCAAAAAUAAGUCAACAUAGCCAUGGAAAAGAAUGAGGAGAAACUUAGAGUAUGAUACUUAAUGUGAGUAGGAGGUAAAUGAAUCAGGCCCAGCUAGAUGAAUCAAAGACGAGCAGGCACCAUUGGCUGCCUUUACUGACAACAUAGUUCGAGUACAGUCAUGGAGGCACAGAGUUGCACAGCAUGGGAACAGACCUUCAAUCCAAAUCAUCCAUGUUGACCAGAUAUCCUAAAGGAAUCUUGUCCCA